GCUGUUUAUCCCAGCGGGAAACUUCAUUAGCGCUGCUAACAAAGCUUUCGUGAAACUCAGUUCAGUAGAUGUUUAGCAUAAACAACAUGUAGUGGAUAAAAGGUGAUCUCUAAAGACCGCAAAUUAUCGCCAAUUUGGGAAUGUUCCUUAGAAACGAAUAGCCAGUAGCUAGCAAAAUAUUUGUCAGCGAUCUCGAUCGGAAAGAUUUGUAAUAAAAGCGUGUUUACCUUGAUGAUACGAUCACAAAACCACAGUAAGCUCAGAGAAAUAAUUAAAAAAACUUUGCAGUGAAACGAAAGCGCUUUUAGCUGUAGUGCUUGGAAGUGAUGUUUUUGCUGGAUAAAUCUGGGACAACUUUGGAAGAUCGGAAGGAAGUGUCACAGGCGGCCCAGGAGGCGAAACUAGAUAGAGAACUGCGCCGUUUUGAAGAGGAGUUGGAAUUGUUCUUAAUUGAUAAAGAUCACUUUUUGGAAGAUCUCUACCGCCGAUUAAAACAAAUUACUUCUCUCUGGAAAUCAUGGAGAUGUCAGAGAUUGCGUGAUAUUUCUGUAACGCAACUCGUGUCCGCAAAACAGAUUGAAGAUCUUAUUCACUGGGAACAAAACCUCCCUGGGAAGAAGAAGACUAUAACAAAAAUAGAAAAACCAACAGAUAUGCUGAUCAGAUUCCUUCAAGCUUGUCUCGAAUCCAGACAGCUUUACGAACAAUUCCUCCUCUCAAUUUACAAACCUCUUCACCUGUUCUUUAGUGAUGACAAAGCUGCCCCUUUUUCCGAGGCAUUGGGUCGAGUUCUCGAGAAGUGGAGUUACCUACUCGAACCAGGCCCCAUAGAUCACAGACUACUGAGUGCAGAGAGUUCCGAAGCAGUCCACAACAUGAACUUGUCAAAGAAACCACGUGACACAAAUUUCAACCUUAUUCUGCGGCUAGUGCCGGACUUCGCCGUAAAAGGCUUCGAAGCUCUUUACCUUGCGCGACAGUGGAGAGCUCUUUUAGGUUACUCGGGUUACAGUAGAGAAUUGAAAUUCAUUCAAAUCCGGAGACAGCGUCGAUCAAGAGAGCACAUCAGUAGUGAGCCCGCAAAUAUUCCCGUUCCUUUCAGCAUAUUUCAUAAUUUGGAAAGAAAACUUAACCAAUCGAGAGAUCGAUACAAAACAGUGGACCCAAGAAAUCACGUUACAAAAGCUGUACUCCACCAUGAAACUCACACCAACACGAAUUAUGGCGUGCAAGGAACAUUUGCAAGAUCCACCAAUGACGAAACGAAAUUCACUUCAUUUACCCGCGAGUCUAACGAACAGCGAAUCCACCGUUUGCAGACAGAUCUGAAACGUGAACAACUACAAGUGCAGAGGCUUAGAAACGAACUUCUUCACGUUGAAAUUGCGUCGCGCUACAUGAGGGAACCGCCAAUGCUAAGACCACUGUUUGACAUUCUGGCUUCUACCAAGGGAAAGUGCCGCAUGUUAAGAAAUGAGAUUUCAAAACAGGCUUGCCAGCCCGAUUGUGCUUUUGACAAAAUCCCUGACUCCAGAGGUUUGAUCCAAUCAAGUAAGGACUCUUUCACGUCAGAAAGGAAAAGGUUAGCCUCCAGGGCUCUUUUGACCUCUUGGCACCGCGCGCAAACCACUUAGAAACAACUUGUGAUCUGAAAAUACGUUUAAAAAAAACACACACAAGAGGGAAACAGAGAACCUAAAGGCGUUUGCAGGAAGAAGUCUUUUCUCCUCACUCAAUUUAUCACAAUUUAUCAAAUGUAUUUGAGGGGUGUGAAUUGUGAGAGGGCAAUACUACUCUAAUCUCUUGUGCAGAAGCAAGUGAGUCAGGAGUAUUCAGUAUAU